AUGGUCAGAGGGGAAGGCGCUCGGCUGCACUGGCUGGAGAGGGAGAAGCCGCUGUGUGGCCCCAGCCCGCAAGCUUCCACCCCGCCCCCAUUCCUGCCCAAGGAGGGGCCAUGUCGACCCUCCAGCUGGGACCGGUGCCGAAGGCUUCCUGGAGGCGGCAGCGUUCUUUACAGGCCGCACACCUGGGUCCAAGUCCGUGAAGGCCACAGAGAUUUUGGGAAGGACCAUGUAGAGGAGGGCUCUCAAUCAGGUGCAGAUGGCACAGGGCAGCCCAAGUCGUCCUUGCCUGGCGGGGGCCCCCCAGAAGCCCGGUAUCCCCUGCCGCCUGAGCUCCAGCCCCCCACAAACUGCUGCAUGAGUGGCUGCCCCAACUGUGUGUGGGUGGAGUACGCAGACGCACUGCUGCGGCAUUACCGAGAUGGUGGCCAGGGGGCCCUGGCUGCCCUCGAGGAGCACGUGACUGACGAGAACCUCAAGGCCUUCCUCAGGAUGGAGAUCCAGCUCCGAGUGAGGAGUGGAGGCUGAGCCGACUUGCCCAACACCCACGCCGGCUCCAGCCUGACAGCUCCUUCUCAGGAAGCAGCACGGAGCUUUACUUGUGGCCCUUCGUGAGGCCGGAGUCAGACAGGAACAGAAGGAAUUAUUUAAUGACUUUAUCUGAGAAUAAAUAAGUCUGUGGUGAUUAGA